AUGAAGCCUAUCAAAAUGCAAAAGUACUCUGCAGUUGCUUCACUCAAACGCAGAUGUCAAGUAGGCAAUCAACAUCUGAAGAAUUCAAGUAACUACUCCUCAUCAUCUCUUAAAGGAUUCAGUUUCUCACAACAUGGGGGAUUUCAGAAGGCACCUACAGGAGCUUCAUGUGUCUUUAGCAAGAGCAACCAUGAAGGCUCCUAUUUAUCCCAAAAUGGAGGUUCCCAUAUGUCAUUGUUUGGAAGCUCUCAUAAUAACAGUCAUGAAGGACCCAAUACAUCUCAUCAAAAAAGCUCUACUACCAUUUGUCAUGGAGCUGCUAGCAAGUCCCAUCAUGGAAACAAAAACAUAGGUCUACAUGGAAAAUCAGGCUAUAAAGGAGUUUCUUUUUCUAAACGAACGUCCAUCAGUCAUGGAGGCAUGCAUAUCAGACAUAGUCGCAGUUCUCAUUUUGGAGACCACAGUAAUUGGAAGAAUAGCGGACUGUUAAAUAUAAAUGAAAAAGAAACCAUGAAAAUUUUAAAUGAGCGACUUUCUUCUUAUCUGGAGAAAGUAAACUCCCUGGAAAAGGAGAACACACAGUUGGAAAGGAAAAUCAGUGAAUGGUAUGAAAAUAAUGCACCCAGCAAAUUCCCUGAUUCUAGCAAAUACUUCAAGAUCAUUACAGAUCUCCAGACCCAGAUUUCUUCAACCGCCAUGGAAAAAAACAAGAUCAUCCUACAAAUAGACAAUGCAAGGCUUGCUUCUGAUGACUUAAAGAACAAGUAUGAAAUGGAGCUUCAAUUAAGUAAUAGCACUAUGACAGAUGUCAAGAGUUUGCAACGAUUUUUGGAAGGACUGAACCGAGAGAGAUGUGACCUGGACAGAGAUGUCCACAACCUUCAAGAAGAACUACAGCAAAUGAAAGUGAAUCAUGAGGAGGAAGCCAGCAGUCUUCAUUCUCAGCUGGGUGCCAGGGUGAAUGUGGAACUCAAUGCGGCGCCGUCCAUGGAUUUGAACAGCGCUUUGUCUAAGAUUCGAGACCAGUAUGAAAAUCUGAUGGACAAGAACUUAAUGGAAUCUGAAAAUAUGUUUCUACAAAGGAGUGAAGAAUUAGCUCACCAGGUUGAGUCUGGGGCUGAACAAAUGCAAUCAGUACUAACCAAGGGUAUUGAGCUGAAACGUACCAUUCAAACCGUAGAGAUUGAGCUACAGAGUCAGCUGAGUAUGACAUCAGCUCUAAAGCAUAGUCUAGAAGAGACACAAACCAACUAUGGAUCUCAGAUUGGCCAGUUGCAGAGUAUGAUCAAUAAUAUAGAAUCUCAGCUAUCAGAGGUUAGAUCUGACCUGGAACGCACGAAUCACAAGUACAAAAUCCUUAUGGAUCAGAAGAACUAUCUGGAGAUGGAGAUUGCAACCUACAAACGACUUCUAGAGGGUCACGAUAUCCAGGUUAAAUGUUAUCACAGUACCAGUGGAAAAGAUGCAUCUGAUAAUGGGCAUGAUACAAAAUAA